CACUUGCAUAAACACCUCAGAGAGGGCACACAGCUGACCAGGGUCACAAAAAUACUCUCCAAAACCUUCGGGUCGUCCUGUGAACAUGAGCAGGAUCGCUGGAGUUCUUCGGCGGAUGUUUGGUAUAAUACGUGAGCACGUCGGGACAGAUCAUUUGGGGAAUAAAUAUUACAUUAUCCCAGAACAGAAGACAUGGACAGGAAGACUUGUCCGUGCCAAGCGAAUGGUAGUGGCAGCCAAUCCUACAGAAUAUGAAUAUAUUGAAGGCAGCAUACCGAUGGAGUGGGACGCUUGGAUCCGAGGCAGACGGAAGAAGCCCCCCUCCAUCGAGGAGCUGCUGAAGAAUGAGACUUACAGGGAGCAGAUCAAGCUGAAAGCCAAAGAGGUGGAGGAGAAGGAUCUGGCCCUACAGGCUAAGGAGUAUGAGGAAGGUCUGGUGGCGACCCCUGCAAGGACUGUGGCCAAAGGCCAUGCAGCUGCCACCAGCUUCGGAAAGCAGGAGAUCACGGAAGAGCCCACCAGCACCGCAAACACAUUCCAGCCUGGCUCCUGGAUGCCCACUUCCAAGAAGUAGACAGACAUCCACAUACACUGAGACAGUGUUGUAAUGUACUGUAAUACAAUCCAAUAGAAAAGCCCUGCAAUAAAUACUACCUUUGUGAAACUGAUAUAGUUGAGACUUGGAUAUUAAAUAUUAGAGACACCUUUCAGUAUAAUCCAAUCCAAGUCAGCAGCACCACAAACUAUAACCUCCGAAAUGACCAGAGUUUAAUCAACUCAUCUGUGAAUCAGUCUCAAAUAACUGAGCAUUAUAUGUUUUACAGAGGAAGUAUUUAUUUCAAAGCUGGUUUAUUGGUCUGCAUUACAUUGUACAGGGGUUCCUACUUUUCUGGUCCCUCAGUAUAUAUUGAAUAUACACUAGAUUAUCCAUCUCUCAUCUUAAAGAUGACUAUAUGUGACAACAGUAAUUUAAUGUAGUGAAAAACUUGUUAGUAAAGAGAAGAAAAACUGCAGUGGUUGUACUUCAUCAAUUAUUAAGUGCACAGAAAACAAAUGUGUUUCAGGGAUACUGUUAGAAAUAUUUUCUAAUUAAUUAUAAUAAAUAAAUCAGCUCUAAUGAA